CUAUUUGAAGCCAAGAAAAGAAGCAGAUCCAUUCCUCCCAAUUCAAAAUGAAGCAUCAACUGCACUCGGUGAGCCCUUAUUACCUCGAAUUUGCUCACGCAGGGCUACUGACGAUUCACCUUCGCACUCUGUCUUGACAAUCACCGUCGAUUGUGAAAAUGAGAGAGACUCCGUGCCUGAAAUCAGAUGCUCGAAUGGUGAGAUUGUAGAAGAAAUUGCACAACAAAGAGAAGAAGUGAAGGAGCAAGUAAAGAGGAGCAGUAUUGUGGUGAAGGAAGAGAAGAGGAUAAAGCAUUACAGCAGCCGCCAUAAGAUACUGUUGGUGGGGGAGGGUGACUUCUCCUUCUCUGCUUGUCUGGCGGUGGCGUUUGGCUGCGCCACCAACAUUAUUGCAACAUCCCUCAAUUCUCAAGCAUUCUUGAAGAAGCAUUAUGGGAAAGCUAUGUCCAACAUCGCGGAAUUAAAGAGCAGAGGGAGCAAGGUGAUGCAUGGGAUCGAUGCAACUGAAAUAGCCAAGCAUCAAUUGCUCCGACAACUCAAAUUCGAUCGCAUAAUCUUUAAUUUCCCUCAUGCUGGAUUUUUUUCGAGAGAGUCGACCGAAUGUCAGCUUGGGCGUCACAGGAAACUGGUGAGCCAGUUUCUGAUGAACGCGAAACAGAUGAUAAGUGAAAAUGGUGAGAUUCACAUUUCGCACAAGACGAAUGGUUUCCACGCCCAAUUUAAGGUGGAAAGCAUUGCUUCUUCGCAUGGGCUUAGGCUUAUGGAGGCUGUCAAAUUUAAAUGUGGGCAUUAUCCAGGCUACAACACCAAGUAUGGAUUUGGGGGAGAUAAAAACUUUAAUCCAAACCCAAGCAAAACCUUCAAAUUCGGCCUUAAAACCUUACCGCCUUCCUGACUUUUUUUUCUUCUCUUUAAUUACAAAGCUUAAUUUCGGAUGUAUCUGAAUUUUGUGCCAAAUGUCGUUUGGGACUAUGGUUUUUUUUAAUGUUUUUCAAGUUAUAAUAUGGAAAAUCCUUUAUUAGCUAAA